AUGGGAAAUUGGGGAUUCUCGAUCAUCCUCAUCCUGCUGCUGCUUUUGUUGGAAACAUGCUCAGCAAGCGUGCAACAAAUCGGGAAACUGAAUCCCGGCUUCAAAGCAUCCCAAAUGGACUUCAUAGACAAUGAUGGAUUAUUCCUUGUAUCCAACAAAUCAAAUUUCGCCUUCGGUUUCACCACCAUCACUGACGUUACUCAUUUCCAGGUCGUCGUCAUCCACAAGAGCAGCUCGACCAUCAUUUGGUCCGCCAACAGGGGCUCAACAGUUGAUAAUUCGGACAGUUUCCAGUUUGACAACACUGGAAACGCCUACUUAGUCAGCGGUGGGUCCACCAUCUGGUCCACCAACACCGCCAACAGAGGAGUUUCGUCCCUCGAGUUGCAAGACUCUGGUAAUCUUGUUCUAGUUGAUGACGGCGGCCGAGUGGUCUGGCAGAGUUUUAGCCACCCGACAGACACCCUUGUGUCGAACCAGGAAUUUUCCGAGGGGAUGAAGCUCACGAGCAACCCUGGCUCCAAUAACUUGAGCUACUCCCUCGAGAUUAUGUCCGGGGACAUGAUUCUUUCUGCAAAUUUCGUGCCCCCGCAGCCCUACUGGUCCAUGGGCAGCGACAGUCGAAUAACCAUCGACAAAGCUGGCGGCAAGGUGGCCUCCGCUGUCCUCACCGCCAAUUCAUGGAAGUUUUACGAUCCAAACAAGGCGCUACUCAGGCAGUUCAUCUUCUCUAGUGGCACCAGUGAUAACUCCACUUGGGCUGCGGCUUUAGGAAGUGAUGGUUUCAUAAAUUUCAUGAUGCUACUCGAUUCUUCCCCGAGCCAGUCCUCAGCUAGGAUACCUCAGGAUCAGUGUAGUAGACCCGCCGCAUGCGAUCCCUACUACGCCUGUUACCCUGGAAACAAGUGCCAGUGCCCGUCGGGAUUCCCCUCCUGCAAGUCAUUGACCGUCCCCUCGUGUGGUGACGUAAAGCUGGUGAGUGGCGGUGAUGGGCUUGGCUACAUUGCCCUGAAAUUCGUGCGGCCCUUCUCGAAAAACAUGACUCUGGAUGGCUGCAAGGCUUCUUGCCUUGAGAACUGCUCGUGUGGUGCCAUGUUCUUUGACGCCAGUUCCGGAAGCUGUUUUCUGUUCAACAAGAUAGGAAGCAUGGUGGGGUCCGGCAGCUAUGCCUCCUACAUCAAAAUCUUCACCGGAGGGGCGAAUAACAAACACUUUCCGGUGGUCAUCCUCAUCGUGGUCCCGACGGUGCUUGUCAUAUGUGGUUUGCUUUUCACGGGGUUCCAUCUCUGUAGAAAGAAGAACGUUAGAGGAGCACCUGAGAACUCCAAGGAGAGCUCGGAGGACGAGGACCACUUCCUGGAGGGCCUGCCGGGGAUGCCUAUCCGCUUCAGUUACAAGGACCUCAAGGAGGCCACGCGCAACUUCUCAAUGAAGCUUGGGCAGGGAGGAUUUGGGUCCGUUUACCAGGGCACCCUUCCUGAUGGGACCCGUCUUGGCGUGAAGAAGCUGGAAGGCAUCGGGCAGGGGAAGAAGGAGUUCCGGGCAGAGGUCAGCACCAUCGGCAGCAUCCACCACGUCCACCUAGUCCGGCUCAGGGGCUUCUGCGCCCAAGGCAAGCACCGGCUGCUCGUGUACGAGUACAUGGCUAACGGCUCCCUUGACCAGUGGCUCUUCCGCAAGGACAAAAGAGGAGUCUUGGUGCUCGAUUGGGACACGAGGUACAACAUAGCCGUGGGGACUGCCAAGGGCCUAGCAUACCUCCACGAGGAUUGCGACGUCAAAAUAGUCCACUGCGACAUAAAGCCCGAGAACGUGCUUUUAGACGACCACUUCAUGGCAAAAGUGUCGGAUUUCGGGCUAGCAAAGCUCAUGACUCGGGAGCAGAGCCACGUAUUCACUACAUUGAGGGGAACGAGAGGGUACCUUGCGCCCGAAUGGAUCACAAACUACGCCAUAUCUGAGAAAAGCGAUGUUUACAGCUAUGGUAUGGUAUUGCUUGAGUUGAUUGGCGGCCGGAAGAAUUACGACCCCACAGAAAGUCCUGAGAAGUCACAUUUUCCGUCAUAUGCAUUUAAAAUGUUGGAGGUAGGGAAAAUAAAGGAUAUUGUUGAUGCGAAGGUGAGGGUGGAGGAAGAGGACGAGAGGGUGGGUAUAGCAAUCAAGGUGGCACUUUGGUGUGUGCAGGAUGAGGUGUACCUGAGGCCGCCAAUGACUAAAGUGGUGCAGAUGCUGGAGGGGCUCAGCCCGGUGCCACUGCCCCCAACGCCAACUCACCUGAAUUUGAGCUUAUCUCAGUCGAUAAGUGAGGAGGGGACUUCGUCAGGGCCUUCAGAUUGCAACAGUGAUGCGUAUCUAUCUGCUGUUCGCCUUUCUGGUCCAAGAUGA